AUGCAAUCUGCUUGUUGUAAUUGUCUUGCUGAACUUUCCUGUGAUUAUACAAAUGGCCAAAUAAUAAUUGAACGAAAUGGUAUUUACAUAUUAGCAAUGCUUCUUUUCCCCGAGAAUGAAGAGUCUCUACGAUUAGAAAAAUAUAAUCAUUUACAACGUAAUGUGUUUAAAACAUUAAGAUUUCUAUUUUCAUUAAAUAAAAAAAAUGAUCAAUAUCAAUUCAAGCGAUUAUUUCCUACACAAAUAUUUGAAUUGUUUGUUGGCAUUGGUAAUUUUCAACGGGAACCUCAUACAUACAAUGAUAUAACGAAUGCUUGGAAUUCCAUUAAUAUUGAUGAAUUAACAAGGAUAAAAAAUGAACGCCUCCAAUCGAUUAAUCCAAAGCAAGAUCCAACACGAUUUAUUCGAGAUUAUGGAGUUUACGAAUGUUUAGGAUCAGGUGCCUUCGGUUCUGUUUAUCGCGUAGCUCAACGAGGUUCAACAACAAUGUACGCCCUUAAAGAGAUCGACAAUCGUUCACUUGGACUAAAUGCAGAUCGUAGUUUAGGUAAAAUGAUAAAUGAAGUGAAUAUCAUUCGUGAAGAACUCCGACAUCCCAAUAUUGUUAAUUAUUAUCAAAUAUUUGCUGAAAAUGAUAAACUAUAUAUUAAAAUGGAAUUAAUUGCUGGUUCAUCCCUACAAGAUCAUUUAUCAUUAGUUAAAGAUACAAACCGGAAAAUGUCGGAAGAUAACAUAUGGCGAGUUCUUAUUCAGCUUAUACUUGCAUUAAGAUAUAUACAUAAAGAAAAAGGAAUUGCUCAUCGAGAUUUAACAGCAAAUAAUAUUAUGUUAGAUGAUGAAUAUAGAGUUAAAAUUACUGAUUUUGGUUUGGCUAAAUUACGUAAUAGUGAUUGCAGUAAAAUGACAUCCGUUGUUGGUACAAUGUAUUACGCUUGUCCAGAAAUUAUUCAACAUAUGAAAUAUAAUGAAAAAGCUGAUGUGUGGAGUUUAGGUUGCGUACUUUAUCAUAUGGUAGCAUUAGUACCACCAUUUUAUACGUCAAAUAUUUUACUACUUGCUGGUAAAAUAUGCGCAGGCGAAUAUGAUCAUACACCACUUCAAUACUAUUCGGAGAGUAUUCGACAAAUUAUAUUUGAAUGUUUAACUGUGGAUCCGUCGAAUCGUCCAGAUAUAGUUGGUGUUGCAAAGUUAUGUACAGAACAAUUAAUGUUAUAUACUGAUCGUUCAUGUGCAACAAUACAAUCAUUGAAAAAACGUUUAAGACAAUGUGAACUUUAUUAUCUUAAACAGCAAUCACAAUCGCAAUCACAACAACAAUCACUACAUCAUCAACGAUGUUUAAGUUGUUCGAGUGCAAAAGAAUCGUUCAUCAGUAAUAGCGGUGGAAUGGCAGAUGUUAGCAUUGAUGGAGCAGAUGCACAACAGGAAACACUUAAACCAGAUACAUUUACUAUGGCGUCUGACAGUGAAACAAUUGAUAAUUCAACAAAUAAUAUUAUUCCACAACCGCCAAGUACUGCAACAAAACCGAAUAAUAUUCGACGCCAACCAAAUCGAAUUAAUUCUGAACCAUUAUCAUCUUCUAACGAAACUGCAAUAUGUAUAGCUCGAUCGCCGGAAUCAUCAAACAUAUCAUUCGAAAGUGGCUAUGAUAGUAAUAACAUAGCACAAGUUGUUCAUAAUUCUCUUAAUUCAUUAAAUAUGGAACGCAAACCUAGUGGUGCUAUAAAUCGUUCACGACCAUCAUCAGCCACUGGUUCAAUAAGUAUAUCAUAUGCAAGACUUCGACCAACGGAUCCGAUAAGUCAACUAUUAGAUAUCGUCCAUAAAAUAGUUUAUAUAUCUUAUGUCCCAUCAAAUAAAAUUAAUCAUAAAUAUCGUCGUCUAAUUGAUCGUUAUAGAGGUUAUUUAUUUUCGAAAGGUUCAUCACAAAAUUUGAAAAGUGAAUUAUCAAAAUUAUCAACACAUUCAAGUGAUGGUAUUGAAUUUGAUAUUGGUUUUGGUCGACAGAUGAUUGGUUUACAAUCAUUAACAAGUUCAUCACGAUCAUCAUCAACAAGUUUAUUAAAUCUUAAUGCUGUUGAUUUAACCAUUCCGGAAAGUGAUGGAUCUGUGACCUAUGAACAAAUGAUGUCAUAUAUUGAUCAAGUUCUUCGUGAAACAGAUUAUUAUAAAGACACAACUAUACCUGUAUCACCUAGUGAAUCGCUUCCACCGACCGUCCAAAGAAAUCCGCGGCCACCAGCUGGCAAAAAAUGA